UUCUUUAUAAUCUUUGACAACUACUUUAGUUUUUGCGUUUUGCUUGCGAUCAUUCUUAGGACUUGGACAUUUUUUCACACACUUUGUAAACAGAAUUAAACUUUGUUUAAUCUUACACGAAAACCUUAUAUAUUUCACUUGAUUAUAUCAAAAACUUGAAGUCAAUAUGUCCUAUCAACUCUACAGAAACACCACUCUUGGAAAUACCCUCCAAGAGAGCCUCGACGAACUUAUUCAGUUUGGACAAAUUACACCCGCAUUAGCAUUUAAGGUUCUGCUGCAAUUCGACAAAUGCAUCAACACUGCACUUAACACCCGGGUAAAGGCUCGUGUCACAUUUAAGGCGAACAAAUUGAAUACUUAUCGAUUCUGUGACAACGUCUGGACACUAAUGCUGAACGACGUUGAAUUUAGAGAAGUCCAUGAGUUUGCCAAAGUCGAUAAGGUUAAAAUAGUUGCAUGCGAUGGAAAGAGUGAAAUUGGUAACUAAAUUAUUUGGAAUAUUCCAACACAUUAUCGACUUAAUUUAUAAUAACAAGAAAAAGUUCCAUCAUCUGUGAACGUAUAUGACUAUUUUUAAUUUAUUUUAAUUUUUUGUUUCUCCCAUUUCUUAUUAUUACUAUGAUAUGAUAUUUCUUUCCUUGUGCACUACCUGGUCUAUUGUAUUGAUAGUUUCUAUAGCGUACUUUUAGUACAGAUCUAUAAUAAUUUAAGGUUUAAGCGAUGUAAUAUUAAAGUUUGUAUGACUUUUUUUAUUAAUAAAUUGUUGUACCAUA